UGAGUGGAUGAUUAUUAAACAAAAAAAUAUUAACCAUUCUCUUUACUAAAUAGCUUGCAAUAGAUCAAGUAUUAUAUUAUGGAGCAUUAUCGUUUCAAGACAGUAGUAUUCCUGCUAGUUCAACUUCUAUCGGUUAGAGUUAUGAUGGGUCAAAAUUCUUACGACUUAAUGGCGUAUGUUGUUCAAUGGAAAAGCACUUUCUGCAAGACCAAUCAUUGCAAACGGGUCCCUCUUGAUACCUUCUCUAUUCAUGGCCUAUGGCCUGCGAAUGCAACCGGACAUAGCAUGAAGUGUCCUCAAGGGGCAGGAAGCGACGUUGAUACUCUGAUGAAAAAAGACCGGAAGUUGGAAACAGCUCUGAAAGCUAUUUGGCCUAAUUUGUUAGCAGCUGGCAAUGACCGACGCUUCUGGAAGCAUGAGUGGACAAAACAUGGUUUUUGUUCAAAUAAGUCUCUCCCAAUUGUGGCUUACUUUAACGGAGCAGUAAUGGUACAUAACAAUUUGAUCGCAAUAAACAACAAGAAUAAUCUGCGUGAUUACUUGGCUGAGGGAGGAGUUAGGCCAUCAACAGCUAAUACUUAUAACAAGCAAGUUAUCAUCACAGCAGUUCAGCGUCUAGUUGGCGCAAAUAAUAAUGUCUAUGUCGCAUGCAAGGUAGAUUCGCACAAUAAAAAUGUAAUUUAUCUCAAAGAGAUCCACUUAUGCUUGGACACUACCCUGCGCAACUUCGUUUCUUGUCCUACUGCAAAUCCAGAUCUUAGAGAAUGCGGGAACCACACCUCCCAAAUUAUAAUCCCUGUCUAGUUUUUAAGGUUGUUUAAUAUUUUAAAUUAAGUCGGCUUACUAUCACUACUAUGCACUCAACCACUAACAUGCACUACUUCUUUUAUAUGGCCUGCUUACUGCCUAAACUUGUUGAUCAACCGUCUUUCUGGAGGCUUUUCACAACUGUUCUUGUACUUGUUACUGCUUAUAUUUGCCAUCACAAUAAUAAGUUCCAGCUGCGUUUAUAGUAUUUUGUCAAGUAGAGAACUUCAAGUCAUGGAUGUCUAUUCGGGUUCGUAGAGGACAUGUAGGUAUUCAUCUGUCUAUCUCCCUUGUCAAUUCUUUUAUUUUUUUUAAAAAAAGAGCUUAUCGAUGUGAAAUGUGAUCUUUCUGUAUGCAGUUUUACUUUGUUGUCUUUAUCCACACACAGAGACACAAAUAAAAAACAAGAGAGCCAACUUUAGCUCGUCUUAAUGUCCAUGGAAAAAAUCAAAGUGAAAUUGCUACUGUAGGUUACUUGAACAUUUAGACCUGGUUAAUUCAGGGAAUAUUAGGCAUUUUAAAUUUGAACAGUUAUUGUCAAAUACUUGUUUUCUAUCUUUUAUUCUAGGUUUAUAUAAGAAGUAUUUUAGCAUAUGCUAUGCACGACUAAAUGGACGUGGUUUAGGAAAAUCAGGCUUGCUCAAAUUGGUGCCUUUCGGGACUUUAAUUGUCAAUAUAUCAGCAGCUUGCAGUACUUUCAACCUUGAAGAAUGCAGUGAGUAUACAUAUACUUUUAAACAGUCAGAGAAAAGCCAUAGUGUGUGAAUGUUUUCUCCAUCAGCAAUGUUUAAACGAACUAUAGCUUUUCUUGUGGCAUAUCCUAUAUGAUGCUCAACGCCAUUGUUUAGCUGUAAAUAAUAAGGGUUAACUUGUAAAUCAAAAGUUUGUCUUCCUUAGGAUAACUAAGAGGUUAGCAGUAUUAAUCAAUACUAUUGUUAGUUAUAAAUGGUCAGCAGUAAAUAUUAAAGCCAACUAAAGAGGUUAGCAGUAUUAAUCACUGCCUGCCAUUCAAAUUGAUUGGUCAGCUCAUUUUCAUCAUAGUGUAAAUAUUUCCAUUAUAAAUAGAAGUAAUUGAGUGGAUGAUUAUUAAACCAUUCUCUCUACUAAAUAGCUUGCAAUAGAUCAAGUAUUAUAUUAUGGCGGAUUAUCGUUUCAAGACAAUAGUAUUCCUGCUGUUCAACUUCCGUCGGUUGGAGUCAUGACGGGUCAAAAUUCGUAUGACAACGACGUAUGUUGUUCAAUGGAACAACACUUUCUGCAAGACCAAUCGUUGCAAACGGGGGCCUCUUGAUACCUUCCCUAUUCAUGGCCUAUGGCCUGCGAAUGCAACCGGACAUAGCAUCAUGUGUCCUCAAGGGGCAGAAAGCGACGUUGAUACUCUGAUGAAUGGUGACCAGAAGUUGGAAGCAGAUCUGAAAGCUAUUUGGCCUAAUUUGGUAGCAGCUGGCAAUGGCAAAGACAAGACCGAGACUCUGUAAGCAUGAGUGGACAAUUGCGGCUUACUUUAAAAGAGCAGUAAUGGUAUAUAACAAUUUGAUCGCAAUAAACAACAAGAAUAAUCUGCGUGAUUACUUGCCUGAGGGAGGAGUUACGCCAGAUAAUCCUUAUACCCAACAAGUUAUUAUCACAGUUGUUCAGCGUCUGGUUGGCGCAAAUAAUAAUGUCUCUGUCGCAUGCAUGGAAGAUUCGAAAAAAUACCAGGCGCAAAUAAUAAUGUCUAUGUCGCAUGCAUGGAAGAUUCGAAAAAAAAAAAGACAUUUAUCUCAAAGAGACUAAGAGACUUGGACACUACCCUGCACAACUUCGUUUCUUGCCAAAUCAAGAUUUAAGAAAAUGCGGGCAACCCAUCUCCCAAAUUAUAAUCCCUGUUUAGUUUUUAAGGUUGUUUAAUAUUUUAAUUAAGUCAGUUUACUAGAUAGACUUAACUGAAGUGUUUUCUGGCUUGCUGUAUCAUCUUUUAGCAGUCAGAGAAAUAUCUUGUCAAAAAAGUCAUUAAUAUAAAUAGAUGAAUGUGGUAAUUUUUGAAACUGUUUUCUUGCUUUUGAUUGAUGUAUAUUGUUGCCAAAAUCUUAACUGGACGAUCAACAAGCCCGUCUAAGGUUUUUAGAGAGUCUGAAUGAAUAACCAAUGCCAAUUUUAAUCAAGUGCAUGAUGUGAUUUAGAACAAAUAUCUUGUGUUAUCUUGUGUUCUGUAAGUAUCAACUAUAUUCGGCAUUUGUAGCGAGAAAAUAGAACCCCAAACUGGGUGGGACGUUUCUAUCUUGUGGUGAGAAAACAUUAGCGAGGAAUGUUGCUAUUAGUUUAUUAAUAAUUUUUUUUGUUGCUAUUUUGCGACUCUGUUACAUGUGGUCUGAUGAACUGGAAUUCUCCCUGUUUAAGAUCACAACUAUCUUUUGCUUCCAUAUGCAGGCAAUGGAUUACUUUCUCUCAUGCUCUGAUUUGAUAUUUUGCUGGUUCAUGAAGGUGCAUUAGUGCGCAUUCUCUUCGAUGCAUGGGAUAUCCAAUUAUCAGCUGGUGUUGAUUCAACUACUUUAACAAGUACUUGUGUAGUUACUAAGAAGUUUUUAUCAGUAAGAUGCAUCGUCAUAUAAACCAAAUGCAUAAGUUUUUUAAUCCCUUUUUUCUAGAUUGAAGUUGAGCUUAAAAAGAAUCAGUUUUGUUAAGUGAUUAUCAAAGCAUCCAGAUACGAAAACUUGGUUCGAGGUUUGAAUCUGUGCCAACAACCAAGUCUUUUCCUCAGCCUUCUAGUGUAGCAAAUCGAAGGACGCGUCCUGAUCUCAUGGAAGAGCAGCAGUCCCCUGUGGCAUUGAAUGGGGCAAAAGGUGCCGAGGGCGUAAAUGCUACAGCUGAGGCCCAUAAUCAUGCUUCUUUCUCUGAGAAUAAGCAGACUGGUAAGAAGUCAGAGAGAAAACGUGGAGAAGCCGAGAAAACAAUAAGCUUAGAGGUUUUGCAACAGUAUUUUGCUGAAAGUGUUAAGGAUGCUGCAAAGAGUCUUGGUGGUAUGCUAUUCAAAAUAAUAGGAACUUCUUCUUCACCGUGUUUGGUUUACAAUAAAUGUCCAUUGUUUCCUUAGCCGGUGUAAUAGCUGAUUUGAUUAUUCUUCUUAAUGUUCUCGUAAUUACAGUUUGUCCAACUACAAUGAAGCACAUUUGCAGGCAGCAUGGAAUCUCUAGAUGGCCAUCUCGCAAGAUAAACAAGGUUAACCAGUCCCUUUCAAAGCUAAAACUUGUAAUUGAAUCCGUUCAAGGAGCUGAUGGAACAUUCAGUCUGACUUCACUUGCACCAAAUUCACUUCCUGUUGCUGUUGGUUCUGUUUCUUGGCCUGCAGGCAUGACUGAUUCGCCGUGUAAAGCUUCUGAGUACUAUGAAAAGAAGAAUGAGUUCUCCAACCAUGGAACACCAGCAAGUCAUGAAGAAGCUGAACCCUCAAAUCAAAUGCUGGGAAGCAGGAUUAUUGCGAACGAAGAGCUCUCUCCGAAACAGAAUGGUUUUGUGCGUGAAGGGUCACACAGAUCCAGAACCGGGAGCUUCUCGAGAGAAGAGAGCACGGGAACACCUACCUCCCAUGGAUCAUGCCAGGGGAGUCCUUGCCCUGCAAAUGAGUCCUCCCCUCAGAAUGAACUGGUCAAUUCACCUACACAGGAGUCGGUCAUGAAAGUGGAAGGCUCUUUGGAACCAGUUUGACAGGCCACAGGAGAAAUAAAUUUGUCCAGUGCAUUUCUAGUGCCUGGGCUUUGAAUGCUAGUUGAGGAUGCAGGCAGCUCACAUGAUCUGAGAAAUCUUUGUCCGGCUGGAGAUGUUAUGUUUGACGAACGUGUCCCCGAAUACAGUUGGACAAGGCUAAGGAUCAGUUUCCUCUUCCUGCCGAGAAGAUGCCACAAUUUUCUACCAGGCAUGAAGUAACAUCCAUUACAAUAAAAGCAACUUUCGACUUUGUAAGUUCCGGUAUAUUUAAGUUGAAGGAGGAAGUAGCCAAGAGGCUUAAGUUAGAGGUGAGAACUUUCGAUAUCAAGCACUUAGAUGAUGACCACGAGUGGGUUUUAAUCCCCGGUGAUACAGAUCUACAAAAAUUUGUAAAUAUAUAAGAACCAUUCUUGUAGUACUAGGGUUUUUUGUCCAUGUGGAGCUAGGAAUGGCAAUGGGGCGGUGCGGUGCGGGUAUUUUCAUAACCCGCGAAUCUGAUAACCGCACCAUAUUUCUUUUAAACCCGCAUAAAUCCGCCCCACACAAUACCCGCGCAAACCCGCACCGCACCGCACCACUUUUUUUUAACUCUCACAUUUAUUGAAAUCAAUUGAUUUUCUCUGUUUCGCAUUUUACUGAUCUAACUGCAGUUAGUAAGUCAAUGUUGUCAAUAUUUUCUUAUACGUGUGUGUAUCUAUCUGUCUGUUAUGGUAAUUUAUAGAUAUCGUCAUACUUCAUCAAAAUUUGCUUCCGGUCAAGAACUAGGAAAUGAUUCACCUGUUCAAGUUGUUAUUUUCAGAUAUAUCAUCUAGCAAGUUCAUUUAUGCCUGAGGUAUUGCACGCUGAAGAGCAAAGGAACCAACUACUAACGGAAGGGAAUGAAAAUCACACAGGGAAAGAAGGUAGAAUGAAGAUACUAACAAAUGAAAAUACACUACCCUCACUCAAAUGGUGAGAUUACACUAGCGAUGUUGUGUGGAACCAUGAAGUACAGUUAGGAAAAAAUGAGGAUAUGUUUCAUUGAAAAGAUCUGCCUAUAGAAUUAAAAAAAGUUGAUGAUCGAAGAAACAUCAUUAAUAUAAAUAGUAGAUAGCAUAUAACCUCCACCCACCAUUGUGAUCAAAGCAGCCAAAAUUAGCUUCCUAAAUUUUUUAUCCUUGCAAUGCACUCUUGCUUAUAUCAGUGUGUGUUGUGUUACUGUCAAAGUGAAAGAAAUGACCAAAAAUGUAAAAUAAUGAGAAGUAAUUGCUCCAGAAGAAAUUAUACAUCUAAUGGUUACCAACAAGCAGAAAACCAAAUCAAGUCCAGAAGCUAUAUAGUUUAAAUAGUUCCUUCACAUGCGCGUUCUGUUCUAUGUUUGAAAUACAUAACAAACAGAAUUUGAAAGCACUUGACAAGAAAGUAGUCUUACAAGUUAUUUAUUACUCGAUUGUUUUGAUAUAAGCUUUUCCCCGCUUUCUUUUGCAGCAUUAUCUGUCCCUUCAGUUGAAAAAGGACAAACUAGGCUUUCAGUGUAGAUUUUCAUAGCAUGAUUGCUUUCACGGUUAGUAACAUUUGUAUAUCUGAGAGAUUCAUCUUUUGAAUUGUCUAUCAUGAACUCUAAUCGAACCAAGAACAACAUUUCACCUUUAUUUGAUAUGAAAAAAGGCGUAUUACAUUGACCAUUUGGAUACCUGAUGGUAUACUUCUUUAUCCAAGAUUGUUUAACCCCGUACUCCUUCAUUACCCAAAUACAGAAAUGAGUUUGCUUAUAAUCAGUAAAGACACAAAGAUCACUUCCCACGGUCCAUACACACGAUUCAGUCUCUCCUACUCCAUAGGAGGGUUUCUCCACCUUAUCCCAUAUCUCAUUAGCUAAAUCAAAGGAAACAAUAUUCUUUUUCUCGCGGCCUAUAUUCCAAUGAAGCUUCCCAUUCGCAAACUCGGCUGAAAAACUUAAACUGUCUACAUAAGAUCCAUCAUUGUUUUUGAUAAUGUUUGUCUCACCACAAUAAUCAACACUAGUCCAAGAGUCACUUUUUAGACUAUAUACUUUGAUCUCAACGUCAUCUGCUCUAAAUAUUAUCAAUAUAAUGAAAAAAAAAAUACUCAUAACCUUAUAAUCAUGAUGUAGCUCAUCAUACCCAAAACCAUAUGAGGGAUCGUAAGAUGGUCCUUCCCACCUAGGUCUAAAUUCAGGCAAAUUCUUGUGUUUUCUAAUUGUUGGAUUCCAUAGAACCAAAGUAAAAUCAACUCAUUGCAAGAUCCCACAAUAUGGAGAUCAUAACUGUCGUCUUCAAUGGGAUAACCCAAGUCAACAGCCUCAGUAACAGAGUUAUUAAAUAAAGAUGCAACAGGACAUCCUUUGAAACACCACUUAUCUCCAAA